UUACUUUUCAACUUAGGUGUGUGAUUUUAUGCGGCACCACAUCUGAUAACCGCUUUGAUAAUGAGGAAAAAAAAGAAAAAAAAUGCCGACCAGUGUCCCAACAUAAUCAAUACACUUUACUCAGCAUCCUGGUGUGUGCGUGUCGAGUGUGUAGAUGGGAUGAUUGACACAAGGAAAUGAUCCGGUCCAGCCAAUUAACGUAGGGAAAACAUGAGUAACCCAUCAGGCGCGGGUCUCGGCCGGGGCAGAAUAACUCGGCUCCUCAACUUUAUUAGGCUGGAACAGCGGAAGGAAGUCUGUAUACCCAUGGGAGGCGCGGCUUGUGAAGAUUGCUACAGCGUGUUGAGGUCGUGGUAGGGGCUAACACUUGGGCCCAGGCUGGCCACAGUGGAUCAUGGAUUAGUGAUGGUCAACAUUCUUAGCCUCGAUGUGACGUGUGUGCUCUACCUCCCUGCACGCUCAGUCAACUAACUAACGCAUUACGGAGAUUUUCGCGGCGUCAAACAAGGGCCAACUGUUUUCUUUGACCGGCAGCUGGACGUACCAACGUACUGCUAGAGAGACCUAACCUAAGUUGGUAGAAGAUCGGCCAUGUGUCGCCCGGCCUGCACGCUCUAGUCGGUGAUGUAUGAUCUGAAAGACCUGUCCAUCCCCAUACUCUCCACAUUUAUCAUAGUCAGCAUGGCUUCCUUCUUCCUCUGCUGCCUGCGCAAGAAGAGCUCCGCGGACGUGUCGGACGGCAAGAAGCUGUCCAUCAAACGAGAGGACAGCAAGCAGAGAAACAAGAGCUCGGACAAAACUAAAGUUGAGAACGGUCUGCCGGCUGAGAAGAAAAGUAUUCCAAACACAGCAGACACAAAAGAUGACCUGGGUGAUUUUUCUGCUGUGCAGAGAGAGACAGAGAUACUGAGAUCAUAUCGCAAACCUCCUCCACCCAAACACAGAGCCAGGCAAAGUAGGGCUCCAAGAGCCAUGAAGGGUUCUACAGAAAAUCUGGAUAUUUUUACAGAGUUAAGUGAAGAAAACUCCAGGCUCAGCUCGGAUGAGAGAGAGGAUGAUAACAAGGAUGAUGUGGAUGGAGCAACACUGCGUCCCCAUACUGAGGACAGCGCUAAAAGAGAUGUUCGUUCAUCCAUGCUGGCAGACAUUGAGCAGACUUUACUAGCACUACACAUGUCAGAGCAGAAGUCUGAAGAAGACUUGACGCUGGCAAGUAGAGGAGAACAGGGAGACACAGCCAGGGACAGCACACUGAGUUUGGGGGCGGCUAACAGACUCAAUGAGAACUCUGGCAAAACUCCAUCACCAAAAUCCAGCCCCAUUGCCAAGCCCAAGAGAGUGCCAAAAGUGAGCCCCAAGCCCAGCCCUAAACCCAGCCCUAAAGUGAGAAAAACUGUUGGACAAGCUGGUGGACCAGCCGUGGUGGUGGAGGGCGAGACUGAAAAUUCUUCAGACUCACAGGCCACCUCGUUAAAACUCUCCUCAUUAACUGUACAAUUAGCUGAUCCUACAAAAGCUGAGACCUCACCCCAGUCACAAUCAAUGCAAUCAACUGUGACCAUCCCACAGACUGCUGAACCAUCUUCAACAUCACAAUUUUCAACUGAGGACUUAGCAACAGAUGGCACAAAAUCUAACACUCAACCAUCAAUGGAUGACUCUUCUAAACCUACUACCCAACCAUCAAUGGAUGAUUCUUCUAAACCUACUACCCAACCAUCAAUGGAUGAUUCUUCUAAACCUCCAACCCAACCAUCAAUGGAUGACGCUUCUAAACCUCCAACCCAACCAUCAAUGGAUGACUCCUCUAAACCUCCUGGGGAUGAGGGGUUGAGCCAGGGGUUGGAGACUGCCAGCACAGUCUACCCCAACACCUCGGAGGGAGAAGCUACGCACCCUGAUUUCUCCAACACAACCAACUGCUCUCAGCUGGAUUCCCUCAAAGAUGAGAGCCCUGACUUCUCUAGCCCCAACACAGAUACUAACACUGAGCCAAGUGGCAAGGAUGAGGAGACCAGAGAAACAGUUCUGGGAGACAUUUCAGCCCAAGGUUUGACCAGCAGCACUGGCCCUGACCUGGUUGUUCCAGGUCUGACCAAUGGCACAUCACACAAUGGCACAUCACACAAUGGCACAUCACAGACUUCAGAGAUUUCCUCACAGGACAAUCCAUUGUCUGAGCCUUUAGCAGGGGGCAGUGUGCAGGACAAAACUUUCUCUAGCAAUGGUGAGCUGUCAGCACCAUCUACAGCCAAUAUAGAAGCACAAGAUUCAGACCUAUCACAAGAAGGGAUACAAACAGACAGCCAAUCACAAGAAGGAACACAAAGGCGAGAAUCAGUGGAGGAGCAGGCAGGCAAAGGCAAACUUAGUAAAAUACCAGUGAGAGCAGGUUCCAAGCCCAGAUCUAGUCCUCCAAAAUGUGCAGUGACAGAAAAAACAACAGUACAAUAGUCAGCUGAAGGUAACUAUGACACAGCGUCCAACUGCUAACAAACUGAUGGCUCUACAUGACAAGUUGUCAACAUCAAGACGGUCCAAUAGAGAGUGAGUCUAUCUACAGAGACCAGAGGGGAGAGGGAAGGACCAACCCAGCCAACAGCUAGCCCAGAACCUCAGACACAUCAGGGUACAGCAAACUUAACCACCAGGGGCCUACACAGCUGUGUGAAAAUCUGGUCAAUACAUUGUCAGCAGUUACAGUCAUUGUCUUUGGAUACUGCUGUAAUGCUGAACAAUCACAAUUUAACUUUCAUCAAAUGCAAUAAAAAAUAACUGUUAUUGUCUGUAGGUGCCUUCAAUAUUGUAUACUAAAGUGUCAUACAUAACUACCAUUGAAAUUGUAAAGAAAAUAUCAAAAGCUCAUAGUAACAAAUUAACAUUUAAAGAUUUAUUUUUUACUAACUUCAUUUCUUGUAAAUAAUAAACACUAAAACGCAAUGAUUGGUUUUAAGGCAUUUAAAAAAACUUUUCAACAAAAUGUGUAUAGUGUUAAAUGUUAAAUUAUGAUAACUUAUAUACUGCUAAUCUCAUACUUAUCAUCAUGUCUGAACUAACCAACUUACAAAGAUACAUUUUACAACAUUGAAAGUGUAUGUGAAACACUAGGUCUACGAAAAAAAUAUUUUUUAUAAUAUCCUAAAUUAAACUGAUACUUAUUGCUGGCUCACUUUUUGAAUAUUUUAUUUACAAUAAGCUAAAUUAAAUUAAUUAACCUUUUGUAAUCUAUUUUUAAACUCUGUCAAUGCAAAUCUAAUUUGAUUGUACUGUAAAAAAAAACUUUCUUAAGUCAGAUCAUUGUUUUAAUUAUGUCCAUAACUUAGAAUAACAUAAUUCAUAAACACAUUUAUUAUUUCACAAAGCUGAAUGUACAGGUCAACAAAAAAAAGGUUAUAUUUCAUGUGUUCCCUGUGUGUUUGCAUGCUGCUACAUUAACUAAAUUGAUAUAUUUGAAUUGCUUGCAGAUUUUAAUCUUUAAAAAUAAAUAACAUGGUGUGAUCAAAUAAGAUCCCUUAGUGAUUAUGCAUAUAUAUGAUAUCAUAAAUGGUUACUUUAAAUGUAGGAAUAGGUUUCCCAUUUUCAAACACUGUUAUAACUGUAUCUUGUUACAUCUGCUAAAAUAACUUCAACACUAGUUACCAUCCAGUGUAGUGUGUACAAAGUUUCAUCAUUGCCUUUUGUUCAAAAUAUUUAAAGAACUUCCUGACUUUAUAUUGAUGUGUGUGUACAAGCAGUUCCUGCAUAAUUUAACAAUUUUAACAUGUUUUGUUUUUUCUAAGAUUCAACAUUGCUCUCACAAAUGCAAUUUUUUUUAAACAAUUGGAACUAUUUAAAAUAAAUCAUCACAAUAAUAAAUUGUGCAAGCUGUAUUGAGUGUACUACCCUUAUGGUGUAUAUAAUGAUGCUUAUGUCAAGUGCUCUAUAUGUAAUCAUUGUUGUCUACCAAGUGCCUUUUAAGCUAUUAUAUUAUUCUUAUGUUUGUGUCUUAAAAUUUGUUUCAAUAUAAGGUGAAUGCUGUGAAAUUACAAACAGUAUUUUAUAAUAUUUGUAAGACUUACACAUGUUGGAAGUGUUUUUCUUCAGUGAUAUGACAAUCCAUGAAAACUCAAAUAUACAAAACUAUUUAUUUGAUAUAAGAUUGUGUAAUCUUGAUUAAUAUAUUGAUAAAUUAUAUUGUUGAUUUAAAUUGCAAUUAUAAUGACCAAGAUGAAAUCCAAAAAAAAAACACAAUACCUAAAGCUACUUAUAUUUAUAAAUAAAUACACUUACAACAAC